UGAUUACCUUUUGGAACACAAUUAAGAAUACAGUGAUGAACAAUCACGAAAAGAAUACCUACAAAUAAUUUAAUUCAAACCUAUAAAAUUUUUCAAUAAAAGUCUUAAUUAUACACUAUUUAAAAAAAAAAAAAAAAGCUUAUAUAGUAUGUAAGUUAUUCAAAAGUGCAUGCUACUUUCUCAAAUAAUGUAUGUUGCUUUGCAUAAAAGCAUCUGCUAAAUUAAUUAAAUGUAAACGCAAAUGAAAACCAUGCAACGGCCACGUUUCUGUUUUACCACUUGAUCUAAUUUUUAAUUACUUUCCGUUUGAUUGAUCUAAUGCAGGUGUCUAAAGCACAAGGCCAAGUUAACGUUGUAAUUACAUGAGAAAGUGAAUUGGCCCAGCCAGUCUGUACUCAAACUUUAUUGAAACAUCCAUCCCAUAAAUGAUCCUAGCACUCACCCCAGAAGAUCACACAACUGUAAUUUCAGUCUACUGUGGGCUUCAGGCCCAGGCCCUGUACAUCCCUACUUCUAACUCUUAUACUGCAGUCAAUGUCAGCGAAAACUAUCCCUUGAAAAUUACGGACAGGCAUUAAAUAUUAAUUUAAAACUGACUUUACAUCAUUUUAUAAAUCUACUUGUUUUCAAAACAUCUAUGGCUUGAUCUAAACAAAUGUUAAUACUCAAAGCAUGCACUGAAUUGAAAUUGUACGUUUUAGUUCGAAAGAAAUUAGUGGGAAAUCUGAUUUUAAGUAAUUUUAAGGGCACAAACAAGUUGUUUUAAAAAAUGAAAUUUAUAUUUGAUUGUAAAUAAUUUGGCAGUGUUACGAUACUGACUACAGCUAAUAGCGGAGGUUGAGUGAAUAAAACGUUAGGUGGUUAAUUACACACACACUUCUAAAAUAAUAGACAUUAAAACUCUUAAACCGCGAGCUCAACCAAAAUCUCGCGAUAACUCGAGACGACCCAGCCCUUACGUGUGCGUCUUGGUACUGAGAAUUCUCGCGAGAUCUGUGGCGGGAAGAUGGCAGACGGGUCCCAGCGGGAUUCGGUUGGAUUUAGCUCAACGCUGAGCGGACCCAGGCUUGAGUUUUGCCCCGAUGGUGAUGUUUGAUGCUCCAGUCCGGCAUUUAGUGUCCAUGUUGAGCGGGGUGUCGCAUUCCUUUCUGCCGAUACUCUCCGGGAGCUGCCAGCGACGCACCUCUCCGGGCUCGCCGGCCAAGCAUCCCCGCCGGAGCCGCUUCCAGUGAGACGGUCAGAGGGCACGAAUAUGACCGGGGAGACGAUCCGCUCGCUGGGCAGGGAGCGCCAGCCGAGCGAGGACGACGAUCUGCUGGGGCCCGGCGAAGAAGCCGACGCCAUCGCGUCGCUGGCCGGCGAUACCCGCACCGAGCGAGUCGGCGGUGGCCGGCUCCUCAGCGCACACAAGCAGGCGGCUCGAAGUCCGCAGUCACCGCCCAACGACAACGCGGUGGCGCCGUGCUGUGCCGUGGACGACCUGAACCGCAACCCGGUGCUGCUGGCCGCUGACGACUUCCCGCUACACCGCUGCGUUUUUGACGGUGAUGUGCGGCGCCUCUCUUCGCUGAUCCGCCUCCAGAACAUCGCCCAGAAGGACGUCCACGGAAACACGCCGCUUCACCUGGCCGUGAUGACGGGACAGAAAGAGUGUGCCCACUUGCUCCUGGCCCACAAUGCACCUGUCAAGGUGAAAAACGCUCAGGGAUGGAGUCCCCUCGCCGAAGCCAUCAGUUUCGGGGACAGGCAAAUGAUCACUGCGCUGCUGAGGAAGCUGAAACAGCAGUCCAGAGAAAGCGUACAGGACAAGAGGCCUCGCCUGCUCAACGCCCUGAAAGAGCUUGGCGACUUUUAUCUGGAGUUUCACUGGGAUUUCCAAAGCUGGGUUCCUUUACUGUCCCGAAUCCUGCCUUCUGACACCUGUAAAAUCUCCAAGCAAGGCCUCACCAUCAGGCUGGACACCACCCUCGUCGACUUCACCGACAUGAAGUGCCAGAGGGGGGACCUCAGCUUCAUCUUCGACGGCAACGCCCCACCCUCCGAGUCCUUCGUGGUGCUCGACAACGAGCAGAAGGUCUACCAGUGGAUCCAUCAUGAGGAGUCGGAGAUGGAGACUGAGGAGGAAGUGGACAUCUUAAUGAGCAGCGACAUUUAUUCGGCCACGCUUUCCACAAAAUCCAUCACCUUCGCCCGCUCCCAGAUGGGCUGGCUCUUCCGUGAGGACAAAACGGAAAGGGUUGGGAAUUUCCUGGCGGAUUUUUAUUCGGUGAAUGGGCUGGUGCUGGAGUCGCGGAAGCGGCGGGAGCACCUGAGCGAGGAGGACGUGCUGAGGAACAAGGCCAUCAUGGAGAGCUGGAGCAAGGGUGGUGGCCUGGCCGAACAGAGCUUCGAGCCCAUCAGGAGGCAGUCACUUGUCCCGCCGUCGCCUAGCACCAUCUCGUGGGAGGAGUACAUCACCGCGGAGAGGGGGAAGGCUCCUCACCUGGGCAGGGAGCUGGUGUGUAAGGAGAGCAGGAAGAACUUCAAAGCCACCGUCGCCAUGAGCCAGGAGUUCCCACUGGGCAUCGAGGCGCUCCUGAACGUCCUGGAGGUCAUCGCGCCCUUCAAGCACUUCAACAAGCUGCGGGAAUUCGUGCAGAUGAAGCUGCCGCCUGGGUUCCCCGUCAAGCUGGACAUCCCCGUGUUUCCCACUAUCGCCGCCACCGUGACAUUUCAGGAGUUCCACUAUGACACGUUCGACGUGUCCAACUUCACCAUCCCUAACGAGUACAAGGAGGACCCCAGUCGCUUCCCCGACCUCUAACCUCCCCCGUCCCCUCCCCCACCCCCCCGCCGUGGAGCGUUUGCUGGGUCGUGAAUAAUUCAACCCGCAAAAAGGGCAUUCGAUUGAAAUGUGGAGGAGUUUGCUCGGUCUGACCUUUACGGAAAAGGGACUGACGUGUCGAGCCUCCAGCGAGGGCGGCUGGUUUGUUGGAUGAAUUUUUGUUGAGAUAUGGGAUGGGAAUUGUGGCAGCCCGCCCGGGUUUAGGAUCACCCAGACCUGUCCACAUGCGUCACCCUUGUACGACGUGCCGAGCUUAUAACGCUAGUCUUUGCAGGUGAACGCCUUAAAAAGUUACAAAAGACCCAUUUUAGAGGCUGGUUUUGAAGAGUGAAGACGUCCAAUCACACCAAGCUGUAAUUUUUUUUAUUACUUUUUAACGUGUAAACUAUGUGGUAACAUUUACACUUAAAUGUCAGCGUUCUCUAUAAAACCCUUUUCUAGGCUGUUAGGGCUGGGGUAGGAACAAAGCUUUUGAUGGUGUAUGAUUCAGAUAGGAGUUUUUAAUGAUGGAGAAAUACAGGCCUUUUUUAAGUACAGGGUUGUUAAUACCUCUCAAAUCCAUUUUGACGAGUCACUGUCAGCUAGCCGUAGCUGCUAUCUGAAUGUGUUUUUUAUACCAGCCGGUCGGGCGCUGGAACAUGAUGUGCGAUUUGUACUUUCGGUGGAGUUUUUAAAGCCGCACACGCCCCCAAACCUCCUAAAUCCCUGGUAGCUGGGGGAAGGCGAGAUUAACGGGCCGGGGGGGUGGGCAGACCGAAGAGUCGUCCCGACUGUGAAGCCGCACUGCAGUGACAUAGGAGAUCUCUCUGCACCCCUGAUGACGGCUGUCUGUCUCCGUGUUGUUUACGAACGGACUGUUCCGGUUUUGUGGAAGUUCAUUAUUCGAUAGCCAGUGUUUAUUUGUAUGCGGAUAAUAUCCGUGAUGCAGUAAAACAUCGCCAACCAGGGAGAUCUUGCGGUCGCUACAGAUUAUGGGUGAAUCCGGCUUGCAGGUUUCAACACUCCCUCCAGCAGUAAUGUUCCAUAUCUGGUGCUUAAAAUUUCCUACAAAACGUAAUAUUCUCUACUAUAUGUCUUCGUAAAUGCCACAUUUUAUAUUAAAAAAAAAAAAAAAGAAUUAAAGUACUGGAUUCAUUAGUGUCGUCAUUUUUCCGUGUAAGUUUUUUUUUAACGUCCCCUAUACCAGUUUGUACAGCCAGUAAGGAAAGCCGCCGUUUUUGGUUUUCCACCGUUUCUGUUCGUUUUAACGUAAACCACCUUUUACACUACGUGUGCUUCCGUGUCUCACUACUGGAUAGUGCGACGUCACGUCUCGACUCGUGCAUUUUGUAAAGAUGCUUGUUUAAGCUUCGUUUCAUUAGGUACAGUGAGCAGAAGGGAUAUUUUAAAAGGCAUACACCAACUUUUCCACUUCUAGAAGGCAGUGUAUAUAAUUAACCUUCUGUCUAUACGUUUCUGAUUGUACAGCAAGAACCUUGUAUAAUUGCCUUCCUGCCUAUUUUCCUAUUAAAAUGUAUUGUAAUAAAGUGUUCGUAUACCAUCAAUCUACACUGAGUUUAUUAAACGGUGCAUUUCUGUUUAUCAAAA